AUGGACGAAGCUCUCUCCGUCCCGCUGCGGCUCCAGCACACGUCAGCGCCCAUCGCGACACCGCACGCUGACGUGCUGCAGUCGAUCCGCGACUUCCUCGUCGACUACGCUCACCGUACCGGCUCCACGAAUGCGACCGACGCACCGUCCGAUACCGAUACAGCCGCCACCGCCACCGGAGGAGGGGGAUCGAGCGUGCUCUCCUCGCAGCUUUCGCGGCUCGCAUCCGGCCUCGACCCCAACACGUCCAACGUCAUGGCCAUCUUUGAGCAGUUUGAAAACAUCGAUGCUCGUCUCCCACCACCACCUACCACCGCUGCGGUGCACGAAGAGCAGGAAGAAGAGGAGCAGCUGCGCGGAACCAAGCAGGAAGACGUCGAUGCGCUGAUCAAGCCGGAUACGCAAGGGGCCGACGGCGACGACGACGCAGAGGAUGCGGCGCAAGACGACGACGACGAGGCCGAGGCCAGGCGCAGGAGAAAGGCCGAAAAGGAGGAAAAGAAGAGGCGGAAAGAGGAAAAGAGGAAGAGGAGGGAGAGCGCGCAGGCUUGA